UCUAUUGCACUUAUUGAAAUAGAGUGUGUUUGUUAUUGUAUUCAAAAUAUUUGUCUCUUGUUUAUUCUUGCUGUUAAAGAUGAGUGAAAAUACUUUGUCCCCAGAAGAGAUGCGUCGAAGGCGACUGGCGCGAUUAUCAAAGGGAAAACCGACAUCAGAUGUUGAUGUCGCACCAAGUGGUGUGAAAACUAGCAGUGAUUCAACUACAGAAGUAGCUUUCUCUUCACCCAAGCAGAAGAUAGCGCGACCUUCUUCGCCAAAUGAAAACUCUGAUAAAGUGAGAAACAUAGUAGCAGAUAGAAGCCGUAUUGAUGGAGCAGCUUUAGGCUCAAGUGAAAAAAUGGAAGUAGAUUCAGGAAUUCAAACCUUGGAGACCUCACUUGAUCAAGAUAUUUUACCUAAGACAUUGCGAUCUAAUACAUCUGAUUCAACUACACCUGAUGUUACAACUUAUUUAUCUCGUAUUCUAUUCGUUGUGUUUGACCGCCAAGUUCCUAUGGAGGAUGACUCAGCUAUUUUCCCAAGAACGCAAGUCAUUGUUGCUACCUCAAAUUUACACUUUGAAAAUAAAGUUGAUUGCUGCGACGUGAUUGGUCAAGCCAUCAUGGAGGUUCUAUGGAGCAUGAAAGGCAAAAAAGUGGAAAACACGAAAACAGAGGAAGAACAAAUCAAGUAUUUGUAUUCUGUUUAUUCACAAUCUGUUGCUGAGGAAAAGGAUUGGAACACAAGCAUUAGACCAGAGCAAUGGUUAUUCAACGAGAUUCGAACCCAAGUCUUCUCAUACAUGGGAUUGCUUCUACAGAAUGCUUUUGCUGAUGAGGGAUCAAUGGAAUAUUUUGCUGCUUUUGUUAAAUUCAUGUUGAAUCAUAAAGACCCAUUUCCAUUUGUGUAUGACUUCAUAAGAAGUAUUGUUAAAGACGAAGAGUUAAUAAAUACGGUAUCAACAUCAAUACUAAGUGAGCUUCGUGAAGUUGCAAAACGUACGUCACUCGCUGAUGAUGCUUGUGCACAACCAUUGAGGGUUUUAUCCGAGCUUUGUCAAAUGGUGAGUGAAAAAAGCUCAAAGUCCCGACCCAUAUGUAACGCAUUGGCGGGUAUGGAUACGUUUCUACCAAGUGAGAGAAGCAGUGGAAAUGCAAUCCAAAGCAAUUCAUAUCUUGGUCCUUUCCUCAGCUUGUCUGUGAUGCCUGAUGAUGAUGCCAAAGUACGGCAACGUUAUUUAUCCGAUCCCAAAGUGUCAUCAGACAGUCUACAAUUUCUUCGAGAGACUUUGCAAUAUCAACUUCUACAUUCUAGAGAUGAAUUAUUUACAUCCAUAUACAACAUGUUGCUUAACGUUUCAUCGAGGGAAAAAGUUCUGCAAUAUUUUGGACAAGUUUUGAAAGCAAAUGAAAAAUGGUCUCAUAUUCAGACAGAUGAAAAGGCGACUUCCACUCUCGGUUUUAUGAUGAAUAUAUUAAGCGUGUUGCAGAAACUCUGCAUUAAAGUUAAAGUGGAUAAGGUUGACCCCCUUUAUAUUUUCUACGAUACGAGUAAAGUUGACGUAAGUCAAGAAACUCGUUUAAAAUCAACGCAAGAGGAAGCCAAACAAUGGAAGGAAAACAAUCAAGGUUCUUGGAACCAAAAUGACCCGAAGUUUUUGACCGAAAUCUUCUUUCUCACAAUGCAAGCCCACCAUCUUUCAAUCCUUCCUUCUGUGAGGUUGUUUCUGAGGAAGUUACGAGCUAUUCAUGAGUUGCAAGCUUUAGUUCAAGAACUUGAAGCCUCCAAACCCAAAUGGAUGGGAACUCCACAAGAAACUAGAACAAGUCUUAUCUUAAAGAAAUAUAAACAACAAUUGAAUAACUUUCUCUGUCAUCGGACUUGUUUUAACAUUGGUGUUAUUGACGACAAUUUGCUGAGUCGGUGUUUGGAAUAUUACUCAGCGUUUGUGAAAUACCUUUUCUACAUUAUAUUUCCGCAAGGAGAACCCUGCCUCCCCCUCCCAAACAUACAACCUGAUAUAUUUUCAGUAUUACCUGAGUUUUACAUUCAAGACAUCGCUGACUUUCUUCUCUUCGUUAUUCAAUACGCUCCAUCGAUUUUAGAUGACCAGCCAACAAAGGACUUGUCAUUAUUCUUGAUAAUAUUUAUUUGCACGCCACAUUAUUUUAACAACCCUUACCUUGUUGCAAAGCUAGUAGAGGUGCUAUUUGUAGUAAGUCCAACCAUACAACCCCGAACACAAGCUUUAUAUGAAAGCAUUGAAAGCAAUCCACUUGCUGUUCAAUUCCUUGCUCCAUCACUUAUGAAGUUUUACACAGAUAUCGAGAGCACGGGUUCGAGCAACGAGUUUUACGACAAGUUUAGCAUCAGAUAUCAUAUUUCUAUUAUUUUCAAAGGACUUUGGAACAACCCGCAAUAUCAGGACAGCAUAGCGGAAGAAUUAAGGUCAGGCAACGAGUUCGUUCGUUUCGUAAACAUGUUGAUCAACGAUACUACUUUCCUAUUGGACGAGAGCUUGGACUCUCUGAAGCGGAUCCAUGAAACGCAGGAGUUGAUGAGAGAUGAGAAAGAAUGGAAUAAACUUAACCAGGAGAUGCGAGCAAGUAAAGAGCGACAACUCCAGCAAGAUGAAAGACAAUGCAAGUCCUAUCUCACUCUCACUAAUGAAACAUUGAAUAUGUUGCACUACUUGACUAAACUGGUGCAGAAGCCAUUCCUUCGACCAGAACUAGCAGAUAGAUUGGCAGCCAUGUUGAAUUUCAACCUCCUCCAACUUUGUGGCCCAAAGUGUAACAAUUUAAAAGUAAAGCAACCUGAGAAAUAUGGGUUCGAACCAAAGAAAUUAGUUGAACAGUUGACCGACCUUUAUUUGCACUUGGAUUGCCCAGAGUUUGUUUCAUGUCUUGCUAAUGAUGAGAGAUCAUACAGCAAGGAAUUAUAUGAGACAGCUGUAUUGAGAAUGGAAAAAUCUGGGAUCAAAACGCUGAUGGAUAUCGAACACUUUAAAGACCUUGCAAUGAGGGUGGAAACUUGUAAAGUAAAGUUGAACAAAACUGAGGUCGAUUACGGGGAGAUACCAGAUGAAUUUAAAGACCCAUUAAUGGACACCUUAAUGCGAGACCCCGUCCUUCUGCCUACCAGUGGUACAAUAAUGGAUCGUAGCAUCAUCUUACGACAUCUACUUAAUUCAUCAACCGAUCCAUUUAAUCGGCAAGAACUCAAGGAGGAUAUGUUAAAACCAGAGAUCGGCUUGAAGCAAAGAAUUGAUAAUUGGAUCAAACAGAAAGACCCUCAAAUUAAAUUUUAACCUAAACAUUUUCUUUUGUAAAUUUUAUUUUAUUUCUGUGUAUGUAAACGAGAUAAUUUAAAUAAAAUUUUCCGCCCCGGAAACAGCUUGAAA